CGACGAUCGCAGAUCGAUCGCCCGCACCCCCCUCCCCAGCCCACAUAUAUGGGACACUCGCUCUCCAAAUCAAAAUCACGAGCAAGGCAGAAGAACCGCCCAAACCAAAAAAUGGCGUCGCUCACCAUCCGCAACAUCACCGUCACGCCCCUCGAGCUGAAGCUCGUCGAGCGCUUCGAGGGCGAGCCGGUGCCUAAGGAGGGCGGCAUGGCCGCUAACAUCACGUCGGCCAUCACGGGCCUGUUCAACGGGACCGCCCAGUCUCCGGCGGCGACCGCCUGCGUCGUGCCCCGCGAGGGCAAGCCCAGGGAGACCAAGGAGGUCUCGGGCGUGGCCAUCGAGCCCUUCGCCACCCGGGCGACCGACAUCCGGGCCGCCGACCCGGGGCGCGAGGUCCUGCGCCUGACCUUUGAGGAGAAGGGCCGGCCGGGCCACCGCUACGUCGUGGACGCCCCGGGGCCGACGUCUCGCAGCGUCGUGAUGCGGCAGGGCGGCGAUGCCGAGCACGAGUUCACGACCGUGUACGUGCCCUCGGGCGGGUUCCUUGCCAUCUACAGCAGCGCCAACCUGUCGCGGUGGAUGCGGGAGCUGCCCGACAAGACCCCUCUCAGCAUGCUGAGCAUCCCCGGUACGCACAACAGCCCGACCUGCCACGUGGCCCUGCCGUCGGUUCGCUGCCAGGCCGUGGACGUGCGCGAGCAGCUCGACAACGGCGUGCGAUUCCUGGACAUCCGCGUCAGCGCCAACCCGGGCGCCGACGACGACCUGACCCUCGUGCACAGCGCCUUCCCCAUCAGCCUGACGGGAUCCAAGUACCUGACCCACCUGCUGGCCCACGUCUACGACUUCCUGGACAAGAACCCGUCCGAGGUGCUGCUGAUGAGCCUCAAGCGCGAGGGCACGGGCAAGGGCACCGACGGCGACCUGUCGCGCCACCUCUCGGGGCCGCGGUACAUCGGCGACGAGGGGGGCAAGCGGUGGUUCACGGAGCCGCGGAUCCCGACGCUGGGCGAGGCGCGCGGCCGCAUCGUGCUGGUGCGGCGGUUCGGGCUCGACGACGGGGUGCGGAAGAGCGUGCACGGCGGGCGCGGCUGGGGCGUCGACGGGUCGUCGUGGCCCGACAACUGCGAGGACGCGCCCACGGGGAGCGGGCACUUCCGGGUGCAGGACUUCUACGAGGUCGACCAGAGCACCAACAUCGAGAAGAAGAUCGAGCUGUCGCGCAGGCAGCUCGAGCGCGCCGCCGAGCAGCGCCUCGACCCGGCCGCCCUGCAGCAGCAGAGCAAGGACAAGCCGUCGCCGCCGCUGUUUGUCAACUUCCUCAGCGCGAGCAACUUCUUCAACGCCAGCUGCUGGCCCGACAGGAUCGCCGCAAAGGUCAACCCGGCCGUCAUCGAGUACCUGUGCAUGCGCCACGGCGAGCCGGAGAAGGGGCCCAACAAGCUGAAGGUCGGCGACGGCGCAACGGGCAUCGUCAUCACAGACUGGGUCGGCAACAAUGGCGACUGGGACCUGAUUAGGUGCAUUGUGGGCUGGAACGCCAGGUUGCAGCUGAAGAAGUAGGGAAAUUCGGUGCACCCGGUGGCCGGCUGGCACAUACGUGGGACAGAUCAUGCAUAUUACAAGUCCUUGGACACAAGGGAAGGAAGCACAAAAAUAGAUAUCCAGGUAUUUAAUUUGAGAUCAUGCACUACAU